GCGCUUGUCAGCUCGUCAAAUCUUAACCUUCGGGCAAGAUUAUCUUGCUGCCUAGACGCGUUUUAAUUUUAUUUAUAAACUUUAAAGUGCCUUUUUCAUAGCGAACGUGCCGGCAAACGGUUCCUUGUAUAACCGUUUAGGGAGACCAGGUUUUUGCCCCCGCUAUAAAACUAGUGGAACUGGUGGAACCUGUUGCCAACCAACUGCUAAUUAACAGUUAAUUGAAGUCGCGCCCAUACAUAGUAUAAACAAUAACUUUGCCGUUGCCUUUUAAAUAAUCAUCGGUCAAGCGGAAAAAAUGGGCGAUAGAAAAAGCGAAGAAUCGCCAUUUAUAUCUUCAAAGAAGCCAGUGACAUUGAAUCCAUCAUGGGAGUCCCAAUUGCAAUCGGACACCAAUGGCAAAGGCUCAGGUUCUGUGAUGUCGAAAAUUGUGGCAUCGCUGCAGCCGCCAAUUGAUAAACAUAAACUCGUCUUUUUCAUCUUUAUACUGCACGGAUUGGGCACUCUGAUGCCAUGGAACAUGUUCAUAACCGCCAAAGCGUACUUUGAGGAUUUCAAACUGAGUGAGAACUAUACGGGACCCACUGAAACGAAUUAUCGCGGUAACUUUAUGCAGAAUAUGGGUUUCGCCUCACAAAUUCCGAACGUGCUCUUCAAUUGGAUAAAUAUCUUUAUGAGUUUCGGUGGCGAUCUGACCACCCGUAUUGUGUAUAGCAUUCUAAUCGAGAUUGUUAUUCUUAUCAUCACAGUCGUGCUUGCUAUGCUGGAUUCAUCUGAGUGGCCUGGGGUAUUCUUUUGGGCUACCAUGUGCUCAAUUGUUCUGAUAAACAUGUGUAAUGGGAUUUAUCAAAGCACAAUUUAUGGACUCGUUGCGUCUCUACCUCCCAAAUAUACGGGUGCUGUUGUGUUGGGAUCCAACGUGAGUGGAUGCUUCGCUACCAUAAUGUCAAUGCUGUGCGCCACGUUCUUCAGCUCGAUGAGGACAUCGGCUAUUUAUUAUUUUGUGACAGCGAUUUUAGUAUUGCUCUUCUGCUUCGAUACAUAUUUCGCAUUGCCAUUGAAUAAGUUCUUCCGGCAUUAUGAGAUGAUAAGCAAGCAUAGCGAAAAGAGUUCUGGGUCCAAAACUGAAUUGAAUGUACCAUAUUGGCAGAUAUUUAAGAAAGCCUCACCUCAGCUAUUCAAUGUAUUCUUUACAUUCUUCGUUACAUUGUCCGUUUUUCCCGCUGUCCAUUCGGAUAUUAAGCGUUCUGAUGAUUUCGUAAUAGGAGAAAAGUAUUUUACACUUAUGACAUGCUUUUUAACGUUCAAUGUAUUCGCAAUGUUGGGCAGCUUGACCACUUCGUGGGUUCAAUGGCCUAAACCAAAAUACUUGGUAGUACCUGUCGUUUUACGUGUUGUAUUUAUACCCUUAUUGAUCUUCUGCAACUAUGCACCAAAAGAUAUUGUUAGAACAUUGCCUGUAUUUAUCACAAACGAGUGGGUGUAUUGGAUCAUUGCCAUCAUUAUGUCAUUCAGCUCUGGCUAUUUAAGUUCCUUGGGCAUGAUGUACGCACCGCAGACUGUUCAUGCUAAGUAUCAGGUAACCGCCGGGAUGUUUGCUGCUGCCGUCCUCGUUUCUGGCAUCUUUGCCGGCGUUAUGUUCUCCUAUUUAAGCCCCCUUAUUAUACAACUUUGAACCAAUGAGUUCGCUACAUUUUUUAUAUCAUCAUUCAUUCAUUACUAUUUUUUAAAUUAGUUGCACAAAGAAAAUUAUGUUCGCGUUUGUUUUCAGCAUUACGUAAAUAACAACAAAAGAUAUUUGACUAAUGAAUUUAUAUUUUUGAUCUUUUGGCAUAUUGCCGGACAAACUAAUAUUUAAAAACCUACCUAUUAAUUGUAAACAUGUUUAAAUAAAGUUUUAAACCAUUUGUAGAAAA